GGGAUGCUAACCGAGAGAGAGCUGUUGUCGGAGCAGCUGCUGAGUUCUUCUUUAACCGAUAAUCAGGAAGAUUUCUGAUCUGAUAAAUAAUCAAUAAUCAGGGAACCUGCAGAUGACCAGAGGACUCAGAUCAGGUCAGCAGCUCGACAAGAUGAGGUCUGGUCUGUGGUUUCUGAGCGUGCUCAGUGCAUUUGUGUCCCUGUGGGAGGAGUCUGGCUGCGAGGCGAUGACUCUGAACUCCGUCCUCCUCCAUCCGGCGCCCGGAGGACGAGGAGCAGCCGAAGAAGGAGUCCAGCAGAGGAGGAGGAGGAGGAGCUGGGUGUGGAACCAGUUCUUCGUCCUGGAGGAGUACACUGGAGACGAGCCGCUGUACAUUGGGAAGCUCCACUCUGACCUAGAUAAAGGAGACGGCGAGGUGCGGUACAUCCUGACCGGUGAAGGAGCGUCGUCCAUCUUCACCAUCGAUGAGACCACGGGAGACAUCCACGCCACCAGGAGGUUGGACCGGGAGCUGCAGGCGUUCUAUUCGCUGAGAGCUCAGGCUCGAGAUAAAACAACCAAUCAGCCGCUGGAACCAGAGUCCCGGUUCAUCAUUAAAGUCCAGGACAUCAACGACAACCAGCCCAAGUUCCUGGACGGACCGCACACAGCCUGGAUCCCCGAGAGGUCGCCAGUCGGAACAUCGGUGGUGACGGUGGUGGCAACAGACGCUGAUGAUCCAACGUAUGGAAACUCUGCCAGACUGGUUUACAGCAUCCUGCAGGGGCCGCCAUACUUCUCCGUGGAGCCAAAGACAGGCGUGGUGCGGACGGCGCUGGCGGACCUGGACCGGGAGGUGCGGGACCAUUUCCUGUUGGUCAUCCAGGCCAAAGACAUGAUUGGUCAGAUGGGCGGUCUGACAGGAACAACGUCUGUUACCGUGAUGCUGACGGACGUCAACGACAACCCACCGCGCUUCCCCCGCAGGAGCUACCAGUUCCGGAUCCCAGAGUCGGCUCUGGUUUUGGCCGUGGUCGCUAAGAUCAAAGCUCUGGAUCCAGACCUGGGUCCGAACGCUGAGAUGGACUACAGGAUCCUGGAGGGGGACGGACUGGGAACCUUCCAGAUCAUCACAGAUCCAAACACACAGGAAGGACAGGAAGGACUGCUCACUCUGCAGAAGACUUUGGAUUUUGAGACGCGGCCGAUCUUCUCGCUGCGCGUUGAGGCGUCCAACUGCUACGUGGACGCCCGUUUCCUGGCGCCCGGCGCCUUCAGCGACGUGGUGGCGGUCCGGCUGCUGGUGGAGAACGUCGACGAGCCACCGCUGUUCUCCUCCACGGGCGCCACGAUGCAGAUCUCAGAGGCAGCGCCAAUCGGCACCGACCUGGGAUCAGUUUCAGCUCGCGACCCAGACGCCAGAAACAGCCCCGUCAGGUAUUCUAUCGACAGGAAGUCGGACAUGGAGCGUUACUUUGCCAUUGACAGUAUUUCAGGAGUCAUCACAACCGCCAGAGCUCUGGACCGAGAGACCGUCGCUGUGCACAACAUCACCGUCCUCGCUACAGAGACCCUGAAUGUGUCUCAGGUGGGGAAAGCUGUGGUUCUGGUCUCCGUGACGGAUGUUAACGACAACGCUCCGAGCUUUGCCAUCGAGUAUCAAACGUUUGUCUGCGAGGACGCUGAACCUGGACAGAUCAUUGAGACUCUGAGCGCUGUGGACCGAGACCAACUGGAGAACGGACAUCACUUCCUGUUCUCUCUCAGCGCCGAGCAUGCUGGGAACUUCACCCUGAGAGACAACAAAGACAACACGGCGUCCGUCCUGACUGCGCCGGGUUUUCUGCGGCGAGACCAGCCGGUCCACGUCCUGCCUGUGGUGAUCUCGGACGGCGGGCGCCCCCCCCUCAGCAGCACCAACAUGCUGUCCGUCACCGUCUGCGUCUGCCAGGUCCACGGAGACCAGCGCGCCUGCAGCCGGCCGCCGGCAACACCGCUGGUCGCUGGCCUCAGCACCGCCACGGCCUUACUCACCUGCAUCAUCACACUGCUGGGUGUUGUCAUGGUAACAGUAGCUGUCAGGCACCAGAGGCGAGAGCCCCCGAUGACGGACGAGGAGCGAGACAUCCUGGAGAACAUCGUUCGUUACGAUGAUGAGGGCGGAGGAGAGGAAGACACCGAGGCCUUCGACAUGUUCGCUCUGAGACAAACAGAACCGACCCGCAGGGUCCACCACCCGCCACCGGGACCCCUCAGAGACCAUGACGUCCUCCGGCCGCCACCGGGACCCCUCAGAGACCACGACGUCCUCCGGCCGCCACCGGGACCCCUCAGAGACCAUAACGUCCUCCCGCUGCCACAGGGACACCUCAGAGAUCACGACGUCUUCCAGCCGCCACCGGGACCCCUCAGAGACAAUGACGUCCACCCGCUGCCACCGGGACCCCUCAGAGACCACGACGUCCACCCGCUGCCACCGGGACCUCUCAGAGACCACGAUGUCCUCCCGCUGCCACCGGGACCUCUCAGAGACCACAAUGUCCUCCCGCUGCAACCGGGACCUCUCAGAAACCACGAUGUCCUCCCGCUGCCACCGGGACCUCUCAGAGACCACGAUGUCCUCCCGCUGCCACUGGGAUCCCUCAAAGACCACGAUGUCCUCCCGCUGCCACCGGGACCUCUCAGAGACCACGAUGUCCUCCCGCUGCCACCGGGACCUCUCAGAGACCACGAUGUCCUCCCGCUGCCACUGGGAUCCCUCAAAGACCACGAUGUCCUCCCGCUGCCACCGGGACCUCUCAGAGACCACGACGUUCUCCAGCUGCCACUGGGACCCCUCAGAGACCAUGAUGUCCUCCUGCUGCCACCAGGACCCCUUAGAGACCACGAUGUCUACCCCCCAGAGUCCCAGGUGGAUAAGCAGCAUCUGUUCCAGGAUUUCAUCGGGGUCAGACUGCAGGAGGCGGACCGGGACUUGGCAGCGCCGCCCUACGACUCGCUGCAGACCUACGCCUUCGAGGGCAGUGGCUCGGCUGCCGAGUCUCUCAGCUCCCUGAACUCUUUAAACUCGUUGGACUCGUUGGAGUCCGAGCAGGACUACGAGUUCCUGAGAGAGUGGGGGCCGAGGUUCAGGAAGCUGGCUGACCUUUAUGGACAUGACGAGGGGGGCGGAGUCUGCUGGUAG